GGAGAUGAUUCGUUUACUCCUUCACCUAAAAGUGAAAGAGAUAAUAAUGAUUUUCGUAAAAAGCCAGCAUUAGUGUUCGACCAAAGGCGAGAUAAUAAUAAUAAUAAUAAUCAGAGCAACAGUAGUAAUCAGUCUGAUUUUGAUCCGGCAAACCGAUCAUUUAAACAACCACCGGGAUCUUGCCCCGUUUGUCAUAAAAAAUGACACUGAAAACGAGAUUGCCCGGUCCGUUGUCAUAUUUGUAAACAAACUGGACACAACGCAAUGUCUGUUCACAAAAACAGAACAGUAAUCCACACAAUCCGUCUACCGCACCUCGUUAUUCGGGUGACGAUCCUAAAAAUGCGCAAAAAUCUAAUAAUUUAAACUAGAAAGGGAGCGGCUAAGUGAGGAUAAGCCAAUCUCCCAUUCUGUUUAUCAAUCCUCAUUUGUACAAUCUAAAGAGAGAGGCAAGAUAGAAGCUCUAAAAUCUCUUGCACAUUGUUGAAGUCGAGUCAUUGUGGAGAUAAUUUUUCUCAAUCCAAUUCUGAUCCUCUACAUCUUUCUCCUUCCCCUUUUUCAUCGAAAACAUCUUCAACUGUGUUGUUACCACCAUCUGCUAUUCUAGAAUUAAGUCUUUCUCAGCCGGACUCUUCUUCAGAAUCUCCUUCAUUCAACACAAAGAAAUCAAAGAAAAGAAAAAGAAGACAGAAAAAGUUAGACAGCAAAGAUGAGCCUGAAAAGGAAACCCUAUCUGCUUCAUCGUCUGAAUUUUCCGGUUUUAUUACUACCAUUCAUAAAUUAGAGAGCAAAAUCAAAGAAAAUAUCAUUUCAUCAAAUAAUUCUUACACAAUUAAACGAGGUUGUGCCUGCGCCAAAGGAAAAUUACUUGAAACAGUCGGGAUUUUCACUUCAGACACUAGUACUGGUGUUAGUGUAGUCAGUUUAGAUUAUUGGCAUCUUUUAAAAGGUGCUGAGGCAAUUAUUUCUUAUUAGGGUGUCGAUAUUGUCGGGCCUGAAGGCAGUUCUAUUGAGCCAGUUGGCUAGGUAGAAGCUAGUAUAGCCAUAGCUGGCCAAAAUUUCCAUCAGCCGGUUAUCCUCGCACGUACAUUCAACCAAAAAGUGUUACUAGAUUUUAUGUUUGAAACGGGUCUAGUACUCGAUAUUCAGGAUCGCAAGUUUUGGUUUAGAGACAAGCCUUUGACCAAAUUUCUUCUAUCUACCGAUUUACAUCAAUCAGGCAGAUUAGAUAUUCCUGUUUAUGCCUUAGAAAAGAAAAGAUUGCCCCUUUUUCAUCAGACUUUUGUUUCUGUUAGAACACCAUCAGAGAGAAGUGAUCAGAAGUAGGAAGCAUCUACUACAGGUGUAAACACACGCUUAUCUACAGCUGACAGCAUUGGCACAGUUGAUAAGAAUAUAACCACGGUGAUGGUUGCAAAUCUGACUUCACGAUGGACAUAUAUCCGUUCUAGACAGAAGUUGGCUUAUUUUGACCCAUUUUCGUCUGUUUUUAGUGCACAAACAUUCGAAGGAGACGUUGAUACAUCUACAAACAAUUCAGGGGAAUCACCGAAGCCCAAAAAGACAAGUUUCACAGAUUCGAAAACAGACAGUUUUCAGUCUUCGGUUUUAAAUCUCACCAAUAAGUUAAAAUCAACCGCUAGGACAGUUAAUAAAACAGAUUAUCCAGAUGAGUUGUUUUCAAAACUCGAUUUAACAUCACCCGAUCUUUUUGUAGAGCAAGAAAAACAGUUAAGGCAUGUGUUACAUCAGUAUUCAGAUAUUUUCUCUUCACAAACAGGUCGUACUAAUGUAUUCAAACAUCAUAUUGACGUUGGUAAUUCAAAGCCAAUCAAACGUGGCCCAUACAGAUUAUUGAACCCUGAAAAAAAGACAUCAUACGUUAAACAAACAGCUGAAAUGUUCGACGGUGGCAUCUGUGAGCCGAGCUUUGGUCCGUGGGGGAGUCCCGUGACUCCUGUUCCCAAAAAGGACGGCACUCUUCGUUUUUGUGUUGAUUUUCGUAAACUGAACGAAAUCACCGUGAAGGAUACAUAUCCAAUUCCAAGAAUUGAUGAUACACUAGAUGUGCUAAAUGGUGCAAAAUAUUUCAGCACCAUAGACCUCUCAUCAGGAUUUUUGCAAGUCGAGCUAGAUAAAGAGAGUAAGGAAAAAACAGCUUUUGUAACACAUGAAGGUAUUUUUCAGUUUAAUGUGAUGCCGUUUGGGCUCACUAAUGCGCCAGCAACAUUCCACCGAUUCAUGGAUCUUGUGCUUCGAGGUUUGAAGUGGAACUGUUGUUUAGUGUAUUUGGAUGAUGUAAUAAUUUACUCGGCAACUUUUGAGCAACAUCUUGAGGAUAUACAUAGUGUUCUAGAGCGCAUUAAAAUCAAUGAUUUAACAUUAAAACCAUCAAAAUGUUUCUUUGCUCGACAAGAACUUAAAUAUUUAGGUCAUAUUGUAAGUGCGCAGGGCAUUAGACCAGAUCCAGAAAAGUUAGAAGCUGUAAGAUCAUUUCCUAGCCCUGGUACGGCAAAAGAUGUCCGCGCUUUUCUAGAACUAACCGGCUAUUAUAGGCGAUUUAUCAAAAAUUAUGCAGAAGUUGCAGAAUCUUUGUUUACUUCUAUUCGAGAAAAACACAAUUCAAUUUUCGCGUUCACACCAGAAUGUCAGCAAGCUUUUGAACUAUUGAAACAACGUCUCAUUUCUGCACCAAUAGUUGCUUAUCCAAAUUUUGAUUAUCCAUUUUUAUUACAGUUAGAUGCUUGCGACCAUGGUUUAAGUGCUGUGCUAGCUCAGAAUAUUGAUGGCAUUGAACAUGUCAUCGCCUACGCAAGCAGAACUCUGCAACCAUGCGAAAGAAACAUAAAAGAUCCUACAAGUCUUCUAGCGAGAUGGGCUAUAAAAUUCGAUGCUUAUGACAUGAUUAUUAAACAUCGUUCUGGCAAAUAUAAUGCCAAUGCAGAUAGUCUUUCUAGAUAUCCUUUAAAAUCUGAGAAGCAUUGUAAUGUUUUAGAUGAUAUAAAAUUGGCUCAACGCCAAGAUAAGGAAUAUAGUGCUCUUAUUUCAUUUAUUCAUGAUAUUCGUGCCGAUGACGGCAUUCUAUGUAGAAAAUUAGAAAAUCUUGCAAAAAUCCAUAAAGUUGUUGAUGGGAAAUUAUACAGAGUCAAAAAAUUUGACGAAGAUCCUCCUCUUAAAAACAAUCUUACCCCUCAUCUUCUUGUCAUUCCUAAAUCAAAACGUCUUGAGAUUCUCAAAUUAGCUCAUGAUCACCCAGUUUUAUUUUCAAUGAUUAACUACAGUAGAAGUGGAAUUUACAUAUAUUUGAAUGGUAUUACAUCAAUAGUUAAAGCUUAUAGUGAUUUAGAAGCAGCAACAGGAGUUAGUAUGAUCAAUACAAAUCAUCGUACAUUAGUAACAUCGGUAGAAAAUUUAGGUACGUCCGAUACGAAUACUCCAUUAUAA